UCAUUUCCUGAUUUCAGUCAGUCGAUCUCCACUACAGAGUAGAAACACUUUGUGUUAGCUGACGGCUCCGAUAAGUAAGUCUUAUGUUGUUAAAUAUUUUUUUAUUUACGAUGACACGUGACGGGACGGCUGAAAGGGAACGCGCGUAGCUGAUGCACCACCAUCAUCAAUGCACUCAAACCAUAAACCUGGCUGGCCCUCGACUUGUAACUCGGAAAAUAAUCACGGAAACUGGAAUAACACCAUGGAUGCUCCUCAGUAUCCAGGUUAUCCUUCACAUUACUGGUAUCCACAGUCUCAUUCUGCUGAGCACUAUGCAAAUACUUAUCCCUCAGGAUCAGAUGUUCAGCCGCCGUACAAUCCCCAGCUGAUGCCUGGAGGGUAUCCAAAUGGCCAUGGAGUCUACAAUCAUGCCCAAAAUCAGUAUUCAACAAGUGGAUUCCACCCGUCGAACCCGUUCUACUGCGCUGACCCUCCGAGAAGCUCCUAUCCAAACCAAGGGUGUCCAGCUGAGCAGAGCGGUGGGCCAUCUGGACAAGCACACACUCAGCACCAACAUCAUCACUACCCUGGUCCACACUGUCAAGGCGGUCCUGGAUAUCCCUCUGGCCCGUACUCGCACUACAGUGAAGGUGGGCAUGCAGUGCCUCCAAAUCCCCCCUACCCCACAGGCCAGCCUCUGCACCCAAGCUCUCAAGCAGAGGCUUGGGGGCACACUGGUCCGUACGCUCCCCCACAGCAGCAGUGGCAACAUGGGCAGCAGCCUCCGCAAAAUCACUUUGCUACUACCGUUCGUCCGACGCAUCCUCCAGCGUGGCCCGGAACUGGAACUGGUGCUCCACCGCCCUAUCAGCCCAAGGAUCCGCAGCACCAGCGUGCCCCUCAGCCAGGACCUAAACCCAGGCCAGCACUGUCUCCGAAUCCCCCCAAUGGAAAGCCUGCUGAGAUAAGCUCACCUCCCCAAAUUUACAACAAGAACGGGAGAGGUGAUCCUGUUCCUCCGCAGGCUGAGACCCCACCAGCUUCGGCUCAGGCUGGACCUCAGCCCCUGAGCGACAAUCCCGGCCUUGCUAAGGUCCAGCAGGUUCUGACCAGAGUUCAGCUGCUUCAGGAGGAUGUUGACGAGUUUGUUGGCAGAAAAACAGACAAGAGUUACCGGUGUCUGGAGGAACUUUUGACCAAAGAGCUGCUGGAGCUGGACUCCGUGGAGACUCAGGGACAAGAAAAUGUACGGCAAGCCCGGAAAGAGGCCGUACAAAGAAUCCAGGCCAUUCUAGACCAGUUAGAGAGAAAAGCCUUCUGAAAACAGGACUUGGUGGAUCUUCCUGUGGGCCACCAAGUCUCGUUUGCUUCAUUCAGAUCUUCCGUGGAUUAAUGGAAGGUCUAGUCUGAUUCUUCAGAGAUAUACAGUAUAUAUAUUUUUUUUCCCUCCACCACAAUAUUAUAAAAUACUUCACUUAAGUGACAUGACCCUGAGAACAAGGCGGAGCACUUAUUCUGAGUUGGAAACAUUUAAACAGGAAAAGAUGUUUGUGUAUUUAUCACACAUAACGUUCAGCCUCUGUGAGUGACUGUGCUGGAUACACAACCUGAGACUCUUGCACAUCUUAUCUUUUGUGUCCUGUCUGUACCAGCAGGGUGUAACUGGAAAAUGACAGAUUUGGUGCCACGUUGCAGCAGUUUGUGGUCUUAACUCGUGAUUCAUGUUCAAGACUGCCCCCUCAGGAUUGUGGCUCCGUUUUAGUCUGAUCCUACUUGUAGUUUCGACACGUGCACUUCCUCGGCUGUCUACUGUGACAUCUCAGUCUAUUUGCAUGAUCAUAUCGUUGUCUUUCUUCCUGUGACGGAUUCAGUAUGGCCGCCCACAGUUCCAAUUUGCCCUCCUAUAUUUUAUUUUGUUUUUGUUGCAGCGGUGUGUUUUCUGUUGUGCUCCCAGCCUUGCAUGCACUGUAACGUCAGAAGAGCACUCUAUCAUAACAUUUCAGAGCCAAUUAACGAGGCCGCAGUUGUAGCAAAUUAGCAAAAAAAAAAAAAAAAAACUAAAGAUAGCUGUCCUAUUAUUAUUCCAUCUUUCUGAUGAAACUGUCUCCAAAGCGCAGACGUAGAAUCAGAGCUACAUAUGAAUGCCAUGUAUUUAACCCCACAUAGAAACUGUUACUGCAGCUAGGUAAACAAGGUAACUUAAAAAGUCGCUUUUUUUCUCUUUCAUUGAACACUUGUAUAAAGAAAAGGAUGAAGCUUUAACAUUUUCCAUAAGGUUUUAAGCUUAAAGACACUGGUUUUCGUAGUAGUUUUGAGAAAAUAUUAAUUUUCAUCUUGGCUUUGGCUUUUCCAGGUCAAAAAUUCUCGUCGUAUCCAAAACAAAUGUGCACCACAGUCCUUUGUCUUGUGUACAGUGAGUUUUUUUUUUUUUUUCAAACAUUCUUGUGUUGGUAUAGGAAAAAAGUGCCACAUUUAAGAUGGUAUAGUUUAUACAUUUAGAAACAAAAACUAUAUAAAAAAAGUUU